AUGCGGACGGGGUCUUGGGUAGAAGGCCUGGUGGGCAGGAGGCCGCCGGCGUGGAACCAGGAGGAGCAAGCCGCCGCAGGAAAGAAGGCCAAUCCACGCCGACCUCAUCCCCUCCCGCAUCUGCGUACCUCGGCGGAGACGGAGCCCCAAGGUGCUGCAGCCGCCACGGCGCUAGAUCCCCACAUCGCCACACCCGGCACCCUCACUUCGAGCUCAUGCGGGCUACUGAUGGACUACUCCAUCCCCGAUUACAUACUGAAGCCGGACUCUGAACAAGUCACUGUUGAUAGUGCGCCAUGUUGCCCUGUUGUAGUCUUCAUCAACUCUAGAAGUGGUGGCCAACUGGGAAGCAGUCUGAUCAAAACAUACCGAGAACUUCUCAAUGAAGUGCAGGUUUUUGAUCUCUCAGAAGAGGCUCUUGAUAAGGUUCUACUCAGAUUAUACUGCAACUUUGAAAAGCUCAAGUCCUACAUCAAGUCUAAAGCAGUGCUGAAAAUAAUGGAGUACCUCAACUUGCCCUUCCCACAAGUCACCAUCUUCCUCAGGAUUGGUGCCGACCGCGCCACUUCUUGCUUUCUUGCAAUGGGGAGGGAGGACCCACUUCAUCCUGGUUGUUGUCCGGCAAAUUCCCGAGUGCUGAUCGGGGACAGCGGCGUGGGCAAGUCGAACCUGCUGUCGCGGUUCGCCAGGGACGAGUUCAGCCUCGAGACCAGGUCCACCAUCGGCGUUGAGUUCGCCACCAAGACCGUCCAGGUCGACGAGAAGCUCGUCAAGGCGCAGAUCUGGGACACCGCCGGGCAGGAGAGGUACUACGCCCUUCCUUCUUUGCUGUUCGUUAUGCAGAUUGCAGAUGCAGUUCUAGGAUUUGUUAAUAUGGAAACUUAA